AUGACGCCUCGUCCUUUCUUAAGUCUCCCGUGCAAGCUGCGACACCACAUUUAUAAAGAGUACUUCGCUCUCCAUGGUGGCUACGUAUUCCAGCCCGGGUCGGGCAAACUCGCUGACGCAGAUGGCCAGCCUUUGGAUCUGGCCCUCAUGUCCACAUGCAGCCUCAUCGCAUCCGAGACAAGAGAACUUCCGUUCAAAUACAACUCCAUCACCUUCUCGACGGUCUAUCACCCAGAAUGGCGCCCGUGGGCUGGUCGCUUUGACUAUCUCCUCGACUGUCAGAUGAAGCAGCGUCAUUGCCUUGCCAUCUAUCUUGGUCGUUUCCUUACCCCCGAAAUUACCUCCCAAAUUGAAGCCUACUUCCCUUGGUUUCUUCCAGUCCUUGAACACGCCGUAGGACAGUUUGGGGCCGAUAUAGGCUUUUCAGACCUUCGGGAUUCUCAUUACUGGGGCAUCAGCAUGUCUCUUAUGUGUUGCCCGAUAUCAUUUCACAAUGAUCGCCCAUCAAACUCAGCUCUUUGCCGCGCAGUAAAUUUCAUGCUACGACUUCUCGCUAAAGAUCCAGAACCUGAGCUUAGCAAAGCCAUCGAGGAUAAGUUGCGAGAACUUGAUGUGCGUGGCGGACUUUCUGCUCUCCUUGACCAGCAUUUUGGGCCCUGGGAUAUUCCUAGAAUGUCUGACCUCGACGACUGUGGUUACAGAAAUCACGAUGGUCAAAUUUGGCAAGGUCUGCACGAUUGGCACCUUGGUGAAAGAGCGCAAUACGAAUACCGUGUUAAAUAUUGCUUCUCGGCUACCUCGGUUGCCAUUCGUUUCCUCAAACACCUACCCCUCAACAAACGGCUUUUUAUCCGGAAUGUGGCAAUUCGCGAGGACCGUAUUGCUGUGGGCCGCCCAUCUAGCCACGCAUUAGGGUUGAUUCCUUUCUGCAAGGAGAAUGUACGAUUGAAGAUCGAUCUACAAGUCGGCAUGCUGGACAACAUAUUCCAAAGGACGUAUCUCGUCCGUCAUCAUAGUGUUUCAUAUCUUGAAAGGUACGCAUCACAUGAUUUAGGCGAGCAGGCUUUCGAAACUGCGAUUAAGGGGGUAUUCCGCGAAGUUAAAGAUUGGCUCAAUGAGGCAGUGUGCUUAGUCGAUGCUGGGAUGCCUGCCGGCUCAUUCACGCUCACAUUCGAAGGCGAAAAUGCCAUUGAUCUGUGUUCCGACAUUUUCAAACGUAAUGUGCUUGAGAAACUCGCUACGCAGCAGGCACUUGAGAGGGUCUACCCGCGUGGACCAGGAAAGCUACGACUAAACUGGUUCGGGUGGAAAACCCCUACAGUGGGUAUCGAGCAUCUUGUCAACCAGACCUUAUUUCUGCGAUCUAACUUCCACCCUAGAAUCAUCCCGAACAUUGACAAGAUUGUUGCAGACCGGCUCGAUUAUGACGAAGAGAAGUGGAGAGAGGAUCUGACUCCACCUCCGUGGUAUGAUUUCUCGCCUUCUGUCCACGUUCCAAGGCUAGGCGCACUCGCAAUAGAAAACUUUGAAAGACGAACUUGUUCCCGCGAGAGAAAAGCCCAGCGUCGCCGGCACAGACGGCAUGGGACGUACAGGGGGAUAAGCUGGUGGUGGACUGUCAUGGCCUAUAGAUAG